CAGUGACGUAUGACGUCAGACUUAACGGCUAUACCUACACUUAACACUAUACCUACACAAAUACAGCCCGCAAUAAUUAUGGAUGGUGUGUACACUGGAUAGAACUUCACAAGGACCUCAGCGUCAGGAGCAAGUGGAUAGUUUAUUUUUAAUGGUGUCCCCUGGUGUCAGAAGAUAUGUUUGUUUGGAGCAUUUAACUGCAGAUUGUUUUGUAAAUGAGGCGUAGUGUAAAGGAGAGUUCACAAAGAUGAGGAAGCCAUCUGUAUCGGAUCUGACAGCAGCUGCAUCUCAAACGACAGGGGAGCUUCAGUAAAUUGUUUAAAUGGAUGUCCAAAUCAACAUCAGCCAAAAUGGAAUCUGGGAAAAGCCUUUCCUCUGUUAUGAGUUUAGUAACAGGUCUUGUCAGAGAUUUAUCUAUCCGUUGGAAACCCGGAUAUUACUCUACAUCCUUUUUAGCGUCUCUUCAAUUGUCACAAUCAUAGGAAACCUGCUUGUGAUCAUUACGGCCAUUCAUUUCAAGCAGCUUCACACACCAACUAACUACCUCAUCCUGUCUCUAGCCGUGGCCGAUCUGCUUGUCGGAGGAGUUGUGAUGCCUCCCAGCAUGCUGCGCUCCAUCGAGACGUGCUGGUAUCUGGGAGAUUUGUUCUGUAAAAUACACAGCAGUCUUGAUGUGACAUUGUGCACUGCAUCAAUUUUAAACCUCUGUGUCAUUUCUUUGGAGAGAUAUUAUGCCAUAUGUCACCCCUUUCAAUAUCAUAGUAAAAUUACAUCACUUGCCACACUAGUUAUGAUUAUUAUCUGCUGGACUGUUUCAGCUGCUCUAGGGUUUGGCAUGAUCUUCAUGGAGCUUAAUAUUCUGGGCAUUGAGGAUUUUUAUUAUGAAAAUGUUGACUGUGAUGGAAAAUGCUUGGUGUUUCAGAGCAGAGAGGCAGCUACUAUAAUGUCAUUGGCCUGUUUUUACGUUCCUGCUUUUGUCAUGCUCUGUGUGUACCUUAAGAUCUUACACGCAGCUCAACGGCAGGUUCAGGCCAUCCAGAGUGUAAAUUCUGAAUUUAAAAAAGAAGGAAAAGCCACUAAGACUUUAGCUAUCAUCAUGGGGGUGUUUCUGACCUUCUGGAUACCCUUUUUCAUUUGCAAUCUUAUUGAUCCUUUCAUCAGUUAUUCUGUACCACCACUUCUGUUUGACUUGUUCCUGUGGGUUGGAUAUUAUAAUUCCACCUGUAAUCCGAUAGUUUACGCCUUCUUUUACAGCUGGUUCAGACAUGCUUUCAGAGUCAUUCUGUCUGGAAGAAUAUUUCAGAGUAAUUCUUCAAGAACAAUGUUAUUGUAA